UUUUUUUGUAGUAAAUAAUAUCAUUAUUCCAAUUUUUUCCCUUUUUCUUUUUCUUUUUAUAUCUAUAAAUCUCUUUUCUAUUUUUUUCUUCUUCUUUCAUAUUAAAACGUAUUUUCGAUAGCCCCUUUAUUUUCUCGCUUUAAGCAAAUAAAUAUUCAUUAUUCUUUUUUAAGAACUUCGCCUAUAUCCUGAUUUAAUUCAUACAUUUAUAGUUAAGCAGUAGUCAUUAUCAGUAAUUAUGAACGGUCAUCAAUCUAUGUCAAUCAAUCAAAUAUUACAACCAACAACAAGAGAAGAAGAGAAGAAGAUGCUCGGAAAAGUUAAAAUAUUUUAUACCUUUAAAGGAUCUAAUACACAUUGUUUAUGUACUUUUGAUUUUGAGCUUGAUAAUUACAAAGAUAGAAAAUGGAUCAGUAUACCUCUAAAACAAUGUUUGAAAGCUGUUUGUUCUUCAUGUCCCGAUCAGUUGAUGAAUAACAAUGCAGCUAUUUACAGUGCAAACUUUGAAGAUAGUUUAACUGCAGAAAAUUGGACACCUCUUCAUGAUUCACAAACAAACAUAAUUUGGGAAGGUCAUGGUGUAUUAUCGAAUAUUUUGAAUGAUGAUAAUAAUGAGGCUCAAGUAACAGGCAAAAUAACAGAAUCUGAUAAAUCAAGUCGAUAUCAUUGUUACAUUGAAGUUCUUAUUCAACUUCAUCCUAUACAUCAUUCACCAUUACAGCAAAAUUAUGCAGAGUAUUAUCUUCCCCCUAUGCGCUCCAUUUGGACAGAUUCAUCUUCAACUUCACCUAUUUUAUCUUCAAGAACAUCCCAUCCUGUACCAGAUCGUUUACCAUCUCUCAAUUUACAUAAAAAUGAAGGCCAUUAUUCAGUUUUCCCACCUGCAUUAGAUCCUAAUUGGCCAGGAAGUCGAUAUGAUUCAAAUAGUUUUGAGCAUGAAGCGAUUAAAAGAAGAAAAAUUGCCCCUAAUAAUGACGAUAAUGAAGAUAAUAAGAAGAUGGAUACUCAUAAUUUAGUAUUAAUAAAUCAACAACAGACUUCAUCUAAAUCGAUACCAAACUUACCUAAUCUUAUGCGAACCUCAUUAUCAACACCACAUAUAAAUCCCACCUUUGAUACCUAUUAUCAUCAAUCGAGAAGAAAAAAGAGAGAUACAAAGCCUCCUAAUGUGAACGAUGUUCGUCCUUUUGUCGAAAUUGAAAAGGGACCUGAUGGUAAAUAUAUUUUACCUGCAGAAGUUGAUUCUUGGACAGUAUUAAGUUUAGGUAAAGUUAUAUGGGAUAAAGCAGCAUUUCAUAAUCAAAGAUAUAUAUAUCCUGUAGGAUAUCGAGUUAAAAAAUGGUAUAGAAGUAUGGUAGAUCCUCAUAGUGAUACACAAUAUACUUGUGAAAUUUUAGACGGUGGUGAUGAACCCAUUUUUCAAUUAACUGCAGAUGAUAAUCCAAAUGAAUGUUGGAGAGGUCCAACUCCUACUACAGUUUGGACCAUUGCAGUGAGGAGGGCAUUCGCAAUUCGUAAUAUGGACUAUGGACAUAACCCAGUUGGACCUGAUUUCUUUGGACUACGAAAGAAUACGAUUGCAAAAAUGAUUCAAGAUUUACCUGAUGCUGAUAAAUGUAAAAAUUAUAUUUGGCAAAAUUUUGAAGCAAUGAGUAACACAAAAGGCAAAUCAGUUAGACGAACAAAUCCCACUAGACUUAGUUCAUCAAGUAGUAGUAGUAGUAGUUCUAUUACGGAUACUACUAAACUUAAAACAAUAGAAGAUGAAUCUCCAAACUCUAUUAAAAGUACAUAGCAUUCAUUCUUACAUAAUGCUUUUAUCUAUUUUAUAGUCUCUCU